AUCCGUGGACAAGCUCGGUAGAGAACCUCAUUAGGAAAUACAAUAACCCUCAUUAAAAGAAGACGCAGCUUUUGUAGAACAACUGGAAGAUGAUGCACAAACGACGGGAUCGAGAAUGGCACGGCGUUCUUGUUUUCUUUGUUCUGGUGCAAUACUCCCAUUGCGAUCUGACCUACUCGGUCCAGGAGGAACUGAAACGCGGAUCUGUAAUUGGAAAUAUCGCACAAGAUCUGAAACUGGACGUGGGAAGACUAUCUGCUCGUAAAAUCCGGGUUAAGGUGGAAGGAAGCGAAAAGGAGAUGGUCGGCAUUAAUCUGAGAAACGGGGAUUUAUUUGUCACGGGAAGAAUAGACAGAGAGGAGCAGUGUGGAGAAAACCCAACGUGUAUUCUCAAAUACGACCUUCUUAUGGAAAAUCCUCUGGAGCUACAUCGUUUGUCUCUGCAAGUACAAGACAUAAAUGACAAUGAACCGAUCUUUCCAAAGGAUAUUAUUAAGCUGGAAAUAGGGGAGUCAACCGGUAAAGGAGCUAAAUAUCGCAUUAACGCUGCGCAUGAUGCAGACAUAGGCCAGAACACUGUACAAAGCUACAUCCUGCAGCAAAACCCAAAUUUCGUGCUUAACGUUCAAACGAGCCCUGGAAGAAAAUAUGGAGAACUGGUUUUAGAUAAAGAGUUAGAUAGAGAAGAGCAGCAAGAAUUGAGAAUUAUAUUAACAGCGGUAGAUGGCGGAUCUCCUCCGAGAUCAGGGACUGUAGUUAUACAUGUUACUGUUCUCGACGCUAAUGACAAUGCUCCCGUAUUUACCGAGGCUGUGUACACAGCGAGGUUACCUGAAAACUCUCCUUUACAAACUCCGGUUAUCACAGUAGGUGCAUCAGAUAAAGAUGAAGGAAUCAAUGGUGAAGUUACAUAUGAAUUUAGCCGAAUCUCUGAAAAAUCUCAGUCUUUAUUUUCUCUUGAUUCAAAAACAGGAGAGAUGAUUGUUACAGGAAAUAUAGAUUAUGAAGAGAGAACAAAAUAUGAGAUAUUUGUUGAAGCGAAAGAUGGUUAUGGUCUUUCUACAGAGACAAAGGUUAUAAUUGAUAUUAUUGAUGUAAAUGACAACAGACCAGAUAUAGAAAUAACAUCUUUGUCCAAUCCCAUACCAGAGAAUGUGUCAUCCGGUACAGAGGUGGGCAUCAUUAAUGUACUGGACAGAGACUCUGAGAAUAAUGGACAGGUUCGCUGUUCCAUUCAGCAAAACGUCCCUUUUAAGUUGGUUCCCUCAAUUAAAAACUAUUAUUCUUUAGUGACCACAGGGCAACUGGACCGUGAAUUAGUAUCUGAUUACAACAUUACAAUCAUUGCCACUGAUGAGGGCUCUCCUCCUCUGUCCUCCUCUAAAACUAUUCAGUUGUCUGUAGCUGACAUCAAUGACAAUCCUCCUGUGUUUGAGAACAGCUACAGCGCAUAUGUUCGUGAAAAUAACAAACCUGGCUCCUCUUUAUGUACUGUUUCUGCUCGAGAUCCUGACUGGAGACAAAACGGUACAGUGAUUUAUUCUCUGUUACCUGGUGAGGUGAACGGUGCCUCGGUGUCCUCCUAUCUAUCUGUUAAUGGAGACACAGGAGUGAUCCACGCUGUGAGGUCAUUUGACUAUGAACAGUUCAGGAGUUUCAAAGUCCAAGUGAUGGCCAGAGACAAUGGUUCUCCUCCUCUCAGCAGCAACGUGACUGUCAGUGUGUUCAUAUCUGAUGUGAAUGACAACUCUCCUCAGAUACUGUAUCCAGCACCAGAGGGCAGCUCCUUCAUGACUGAGCUGGUCCCUAAAGCUGCACAUGGAGGGUCUCUGGUGUCCAAAGUGAUAGCAGUGGACGCAGACUCUGGACAGAACGCCUGGCUGUCCUAUCAUAUAGUCAAAGCCACAGAUCCUGGACUUUUCAGUAUUGAUCUCCACAGUGGAGAAAUCAGGACCCAGCGGGACAUUUCAGAAUCUGACAGCAUGAAACAGAACCUGAUUGUUGCAGUGAAAGAUAAUGGACAGCCCUCUCUGUCUGCCACCUGUUCAAUGUAUUUACUCAUUUCUGAUAACUUGGCUGAAGUUCCAGAACUGAAAGAUAUUUCUUAUGAUGAGAAAAACUCCAAACUGACCUCUUAUCUGAUCAUUGCUCUGGUUUCUGUGUCCACCUUCUUUCUGACCUUCAUCAUCAUCAUCCUGGGUGUGAGAUUUUGUCGUAGAAGAAAACCCAGACUGUUGUUUGAUGGAGCAGUAGCCAUCCCAGGAGCUUAUCUCCCUCCUAAUUACUCAGAUGUUGAUGGAACAGGAACUUUACGCAGCACCUACAAUUAUGAUGCCUACCUGACAACAGGAUCCAGAACCAGUGACUUUAAGUUUGUAUCGUCUUACAAUGACAACACGCUGCCUGCUGACCAGACCUUGAAGAAAAGUCCAACAGACUUUGCUGAUGUUUUUGGGGAGCUUGACUCUUCACCAGAGGUAUGA